AUGGCAUAUGACUGGUACAUUGCCAUCUGCAAACCACUGCAUUAUGAGAUAAUAAUGAACAGAAGAGCUUGCAUCCAGAUGGCUGCUUGUGCUUGGGCUGCUGGUGUCAUCUACUCUGCACUGCACACGGGGAACACCUUCAGUCUACCCUUCUGCCACUCAAAUAUCAUCAACCAGUUCUUCUGUGAAGUGCCCCAGCUGCUCAAGCUCUCUUGCUCUGACACAUACCGCAGAGAGCUGGCAGCUCUUGUCUUCAGUUUGUGUUUAGCUUUAGGCUGUUUUGCUUUCACCGUUGUGUCGUAUGUUCAGAUCUUCACCGCAGUGUGGAGAAUCCCCUCGGAGCAGGGCCGGCAGAAAGCCUUCUCCACCUGCAUUCCUCAUCUGAUUGUGGUUUCCCUGUUUCUUUCCACUGCCGGCAUUGCCUACACGAAGCCCAUCUCUGACUCCCCGUCCCCUCUGGAUCUCCUGGCAGCUGUUCUGUAUUGUGUGGUGCCUCCAUUGAUGAAUCCGGUCAUCUACAGCAUGAGGAACAAGGAGAUCCAAUAA